GUAGCAGUGGUUUACCGUUGGAUCUGAGCUGCCACUCACUGGGCAGCGCCUUAGCUGCUGUAUUCACCAUAUGGAGGGAGGCGGUGGACAUCCUGCCCAGAGAAGCAGGACCCCCACAGGAGCGUGCCCACCCCCACCAAGCUGUUGUGGAGGAGGUGGUUCUGUCUGAGAGCAGUGAAGACUUCAAACAGUGGUCUGGAGGCUGCUGGGCAGAUCCACCUAUUACAGCCAGAGAACAGCCGGAACAGAUUUGCAGUGGAGCAAUGACAUGUUGCCUGCUGCACCCAGGGAGUCCACACAAGACGGGAAACACAGGGAUAGAAGCACAGGAAGGACCCAUGCUCUUGGAGGACCUGCCCCCGGCCAGCAGUACUGAUUCAGGAUCUGGGGGACCUUUACUCUUUGAUGAUCUCCCACCUGCUGGCAGUGGUGAUCCAGGUUCUCUUGCCACAUCAGUUUCCCAGGCAGUGAAGAACGAAGGGAAAGGAGCAAAGAGGAAAACUGAGGAAGAGAAGAAUGGCGGUGAAGAGCUUGUGGAAAAGAAAGUUUGUAAAGCCUCUUCGGUGAUCUUUGGUCUGAAGGGCUAUGUGGCAGAGCGGAAGGGUGAGAGGGAGGAGAUGCAGGAUGCCCAUGUCAUCCUGAAUGACAUCACUGAGGAGUGUAAGCCUCCGUCAUCCCUCAUUACUAGGGUUUCAUACUUUGCUGUUUUUGAUGGACAUGGAGGAAUCCGGGCCUCAAAAUUUGCUGCACAGAAUUUGCACCAGAAUUUAAUCAGGAAAUUUCCUAAAGGAGAUGUAAUCAGUGUGGAGAAGACUGUAAAGAGAUGCCUACUAGAUACUUUUAAGCACACCGACGAAGAGUUCCUGAAACAGGCUUCAAGCCAGAAGCCUGCCUGGAAAGAUGGGUCCACUGCCACAUGUGUCCUGGCUGUUGACAACAUCCUGUAUAUCGCCAACCUUGGAGAUAGUCGGGCAAUCCUGUGUCGAUACAACGAGGAAAGUCAAAAACAUGCAGCCUUAAGUCUCAGCAAAGAGCACAACCCAACUCAGUAUGAAGAGCGGAUGAGGAUACAGAAGGCUGGAGGGAAUGUCAGAGAUGGGCGUGUCUUGGGCGUGCUGGAGGUAUCUCGUUCCAUUGGAGAUGGGCAGUACAAGCGCUGUGGGGUCACAUCUGUGCCUGAUAUCAGACGUUGUCAGCUGACCCCCAAUGACAGGUUCAUUCUGCUGGCCUGUGAUGGGCUCUUCAAGGUCUUUACCCCAGAGGAAGCUGUGAACUUCAUCUUGUCCUGCCUUGAGGAUGAAAAGAUCCAGACCCGAGAAGGGAAGCCUGCUGUUGAUGCCCGCUAUGAAGCUGCAUGCAACAGGCUGGCUAACAAGGCAGUGCAGCGGGGCUCAGCAGACAACGUGACGGUGAUGGUGGUGAGGAUAGGACACUGAGGCUGCACGCGCGCUCUGACGGGCAGGCUCAUUUGUGUGUGCACGGUGUGUGCUCCUGUGGGACUCUAUGGCUGUAAAUAAAGGUUUCUUUUUUCCUA